AUGGCGCCGGGCGGCGGGCGGCGGCGCGGAGGGUGCGGAGGGUGCGGAGCCGGAGGGGGCGGCGGGGCCGGGGGGUCCCGGGGGUCCCUUUCGUCCGCGGCGGCGGCGGCGGCGGCGUUGUCUCCUCCUCCGUUGCUGCCUCCGCUGCUGCUGCUGCUGGCGCUGCCCGGCGGGGCGGUGGCGGGGACGGAGGCGGACAGCAUCAUCCUGGGCAUGAGGCUGGAGGAGAGCACGAAGCCGGCGGCGGGAGCUCCGGCCCGGGGGCCCAUCCGUGUGACGGAAGGCAGCGAGGUGCUCCUCCGGCUCUACGGCUUGGGGCUGGGCCCCCGCACCGGGGAGCGGGUGGCCUUCGCCGAGCUGCGCCCGGCAGCCGCCAACGCUUCGGUGUCCAACGGCGUCUGCCCCGAGCGCUCCCAGGACCUGCUGGUCCGGCCCGGCCCGGCCGAAGCCCUCGACACCUCGGCCCUGCUCUGGGUCCGGGUCCAGCCGCUGAGGAAGGACGAGCAAGCCAAGACUUACGUUCUCUGCACCCAGCGGCGUCCCGGCCAGCCCUGGCUGCCCCACCAAGGUCCCGACGGGCGGAUCGAGGUGUUGGAGGAGAAGAAGUCCCUGCUGCCUCUCUGGCUGCAGAUCAUCCUGAUCGCCGGGCUGCUGGUGCUCUCGGGGAUGUUCAGCGGCCUCAACCUGGGGCUGAUGGCCCUGGACCCCAUGGAGCUGCGCAUCGUCCAGAACUGCGGCACCGACAAGGAGAAGCGCUACGCCCGGAAGAUCGAGCCCAUCCGCCGAAAGGGCAAUUAUUUGCUCUGCUCCUUGCUCCUGGGGAACGUGUUGGUCAACACCACCCUCACCAUCCUCCUGGAUGAUCUCAUCGGCUCCGGCAUCGGCGCCGUCGUCGCCUCCACCAUCGGCAUCGUCAUCUUCGGGGAGAUCGUGCCCCAAGCCCUCUGCUCCCGCCACGGCCUGGCCGUGGGCGCCAACACCAUCGUGGUCACCAAGUUCUUCAUGCUGGUGACCUUCCCCCUCUCCUACCCCAUCAGCAAGCUCCUCGACUGCAUCCUGGGCCAGGAGAUCGGCACCGUCUACAACCGGGAGAAGCUGGUGGAGAUGCUGAAGGUGACGGAGCCCUACAACGACCUGGUGAGGGAAGAGCUCAACAUGAUCCAGGGAGCCUUGGAGCUCCGCACCAAGACGGUGGAGGACGUGAUGACCCCGCUGCAGAACUGCUACAUGAUCAACAGAGAUGCCAUCCUGGACUUCAACACCAUGUCAGAGAUCAUGGAGAGCGGCUUCACCCGCAUCCCCGUCUACGAGGAGGAACGUUCCAACAUCAUGGACAUCCUCUACGUCAAGGACUUGGCUUUCGUCGACCCCGACGACUGCACCCCUCUGAAAACCAUCACCAAGUUCUACAACCACCCCAUCCAUUUUGUCUUCCACGACACCAAGCUGGACGCUAUGCUGGAGGAGUUCAAAAAGGGGAAGUCCCACCUGGCCAUCGUGCAGAAGGUGAACAACGAAGGGGAGGGAGAUCCCUUCUACGAGGUGCUGGGGCUGGUGACCCUGGAGGAUGUCAUCGAGGAGAUCAUCAAGUCAGAGAUCCUGGAUGAGUCAGAUACAUUCACUGACAACCGCAGCAGGAAGAAGGUGGGUGACCAGAAGAACAAAAGGGACUUCUCAGCCUUCAAGGACCCCAUCAAUGAGCUGAAGGUGAAGGUGUCCCCACAGCUGCUGCUGGCUGCUCACCGCUUCCUCUCCACUGAGGUGACACUUUUCACCCCCAACUACAUCUCAGAGAAGAUCCUGCUGCGGCUCCUCAAAUACUCUGAUGUCAUCCAAGAGCUGAAGUUUGAUGAGCAGAACAAGAAAUGCCCAGAGCACUUCCUCUACUGCAAGAACAAGGCAGCUGAUUACUUCAUCCUCAUCCUCCAGGGCAAGGUGGAGGUGGAGGCAGGCAAGGAGUGCAUGAAGUUUGAAGCAGGAGCCUUCUCCUACUAUGGGGUGAUGGCCCUGGGCUCCCCUCCUGGAUCUGAGAUCCGUUCCCCAUCCCACGUCAGCGGCCUCAACCGCUCCGCAUCCCUCACCUGCCACGAGCGCUCGGACUCCGUCUCCUCCCCGGUCAGUGGCAGCACCAACCAGCUCAGCACCAGCACCAACCAGCUCAGCACCAGCACUGCUGCCCAGUACGUGGCCGACUUCAGCGUCCGGGCUCUCACCGACCUCCAGUUUGUCAAGAUCACACGUCAGGAAUACCAGAAGGGUCUGACUGCCUCCCGCAUGGACAGUUGUCCCCAGUCCCCCGACAGCAACGCCUCCAAACCGGAGCCCUCUUUACCGGAGAAGCCGGAGCCGCCGGCUCCCGCUGACGAGACCACCAGCCUGCUGCACGAGAGGAACUGCUGGAGCAACCACAGCCCCCUGGAAAACGCCAUCUGACCCCGGCCCCCCGGCACACACCUCGGUGCCACUUUUGGAGGGACCCUUUUUGUCCCCCCCCCUUUCUCCCCCUCCUUACCCCCCCGGUAAGGAACCUCUCGGCGUCUCUUCGGGGGAGCCCGCAGCCCCCCCCAGCCUCCGGUUGAGCCUGGAGAGGAGGGGGUGACAGCUGGGGGGGGGGUUGGGAUCGGAGCCGGGAU